AACCGAUCCAUAUCCAAUCAUUUGCCAUCCCUAAUUGUGCUCUGUCAGUGCCUUUCAGAAAAGUAUCGCCGCCGGCGAUGCACAGUAUUCUCUUCAAGCCCUCGCUCGUCCCUUCUCCGCUCCUUUCCCGCCUUUGCCUCCCUCCUCUCCCCGUUAUCUUCGUCAGCGAUCUCCUCCGGCGAACCAUGGCCUCCUCCGCUCGCUCCUUCCAGCUACGUCUCAACCCUCUAACCGGCGACUCCGAAUGGGUAGUCAUCGACGAAGAAGAAGAAGAAGAUCUCGUACAACACGAGCAAUCGAAAUCCCUCCUCGCAACCACGUCCUACCUCGACAUGCUCAACGAUGGCUGUCGUAACCGUGCCUUCCGGCUUGCCAUCGAGAAGACGAUCACUGGUCCCUGUCAUGUCCUUGAUAUCGGCGCCGGGACGGGGCUGCUGUCGAUGAUGGCCGCGCGGGCGAUGGGUGGGCAAGGGGAGGUGUCGGCGUGCGAGUCGUAUCUGCCUAUGGGAAAGCUUAUGCGGCGUGUUUUACGGGCUAAUGGGAUGGAUAAGAAUGUGAGGGUGUUCCACAAGCGUUCUGAUGAACUCAGGGUUGGAGUUGAAUUGAAUUCGCGUGCUGAUGUUCUGGUUAGUGAGAUACUAGACUCUGAGCUUUUGGGUGAAGGGUUGAUACCAACUUUACAGCAAGCACAUGAUAUGUUGCUGGUGGAUAAUCCAAAAUUAGUUCCCUUUCGAGUUACUACCUAUGGCCAGUUAGUUGAGAGUGACUUUUUGUGGAAAAUGAGUGACUUGUGCAAUAAUGAAGUCAGCAUAUCAGAUGGUGUGCAUCUUGUUCCUGCUGGAUUGGAGGGCAUUCUUGGCAUAAAGCCUCAGCAGCAUGCUAUGCACUGUGAUGCAUUAUUAGAGGAGAUACGAUUGUUGUCAGAACCUUUCAAAGUUUUUGAAUUUGAUUUUUGGAAACGACCAGACAGCCAUGGUGAAGUGGUGAUGCGAAUUCCAGCAACAGUUGAUGGAAAGGUUCAUGCUGUUGUUUCUUGGUGGGUUCUUCAGCUUGAUUAUGAAGGGUCAAUCUUGUAUUCAACAUCUCCCAGUUGGAUAAAUUCUUUCAAUGCUGAAAAGCCAUCAUCUUGCAUCUCUGGCCAAAGGGAUUGGUAUGACCAUUGGAGGCAAUGUGUUUGGUUCAUUCCUAGAGGAGGGAUUUCUGUAUGUAAAGAUGAACAUGUUCUUCUCCAAGCUUUCCAUGAUGAUACUAGUGUUUCAUAUUCUCUAAAGGUUGAUGGCCAAACAAACUUUAAUCCCUAUAAAGCUGAAGAUUUCAAUCUAAUGCUGUUACCUGAAAGAAUUGCAACUUAUGGAAACAAAGAAUGGAGAAUGGCUGUAUUGACUGCUGUUAAAAGUGCUUUGCAUGGCAGAUCUUCUCCACUUUGUGUUGUUGCUGAUGAUAGCCUGUUCUUGACAAUUCUUACUGCCUCUCUUUCAAAAAAUUCACUUGUUACUUCCGUUUUUCCUGGUUUGCAAGAGAAAGGUGCUUUAUAUGUGCAAACUGUAGCUGAUGCAAAUGGCUUUUCAAUGGAUUGUGUGAGAUUUGUUUGUAAAAGGGCAUCACAUCUUCUAAAAGAUAAUAUUAAUCAAAGAAAGAUUGACUUGUUGCUUGGAGAACCAUUCUACUAUGGAAGUGAAGGGAUGCUUCCAUGGCAUAACCUCAGAUUUUGGAAGGAAAGGACUUCACUUGAUCCUAUUUUAGCUGAUGAUGUGUUCAUCAUGCCAGGAAAAGGAAUUUUAAAAGUUUGCGCUAUGUCUCUUCCAGAUUUAUGGAGAAGUCGACGCAGCCUUAAAUAUAUUGAAGACUUUGAUCACACAAUUGUUAAUGAGACUUUAGGCGCCUGUGGUGAUUUGCCUUCACUGCAAGAAGGGCCUUGUCUACCUUAUUUUAUUUGGCAAUGCGGCGAGGCUAAGGAGCUUAGUGAGAUAUAUUCUGUCAUGGAGUUCAAUUUUUAUGAUCCUAUUCAGGCUUGCUCUGAGGGAAAAAAGAUUGUUUUUUCAAAACAUGGCGUAUGCCAUGGUUUUGUACUUUGGAUAGAUUGGGUCAUAGAUGAAAAAAACUCCGCCUUCAUUUCGACUGGACCAGGUUAUAUUUUGGAGCAUAUGUUAGCAGGUAUUGGAAGCAGGGAGUGAAGCUUUUGAGCAAGCCUGUGACUGUGACGGCUGUUGAUGAUUUUGCAGAGAUAGAAGCAUCCUUUGAUCCUUCAUCUGGUGAACUUACAGUUAGAUCUUCUUUCUUGAAGUUGUGAGUUCGGCAAAUCGUGUAACGACAUCUGUCGUUUUAAUGCUUAUGUAUGUAUAAUUUUUCUUUUUAUUAUGAGUUUUCCUGAAUUUCAUCCUUAUGUGACUACGGACCUUGGCUUGAUUCAUUCUUGACGUUCUAGAACUCGAGACUUUCUUGGAGUGACUUAAAACUAAACGAGCUGAGCUCGCUUAAUCU